AUGAAUAAACGAUAUCACUUUCGACGGAUCAAAGGUACAGUCACUUCCACUUUCACGUUCGCUGUCUUUUCGUUAAGUGGCCCUUAUGACCUAGCUAUCGAACUACUCAACCUACCUCCGGAGUGGGAUAAACGAUCGUAUUAUCUCAAGAUUUUUGCCGGAGAGGACGGCAAAAAGACGAAUACAUUCAAGGUGAAGAAGAAAGAGCAUGGAACAACCCCGACACCCAAAUGA